AUGGAGGGAAAGUACUCGUCGGACCCGGAGUGGGCAUCUAUCAAGCCCAUUGAGCUCAAUGAUGGCAGCGAGUCUGGCGCCAUGCCCCUGGCCACUAUUGCUUAUUCCCCCGAAUAUCUCGAGGCUACUUCUUACCUGCGAGCUGUAAUGGCCGCCAAUGAGAUGUCUGAGCGCGCGCUGAGACUGACAGAAGACAUCAUCUCUAUGAACCCAGCGCAUUACACCGUUUGGAUAUACCGGGCUAAGAAUCUUUUCGCCCUCGGAAAAGAUCUCAACGAGGAGAUUGAAUGGCUCAACAAAGUCGCUCUGAAGCAUCUCAAGAACUACCAGAUAUGGCACCACCGCCAAGUUCUCAUGUCUUCACGGGCUCAAUUUCCGACUCUUCCACCCAGAGAGCUGGACUUUCUGAUGGAGAUGUUUGCCCAAGACGCCAAGAACUAUCACGUCUGGACAUACCGCCACUGGCUCGUCCGGCAUUUCAAGCUCUGGGAUUAUCCGCGUGAGAUCCAGGACGUGGAGACGCUCCUGCAAUCUGACGUCCGGAACAAUUCCGCCUGGAACCAUCGGUACAUGCUCCGCUUUGGACCGCGGGAUGAAAACGAGCAUGAUGCCGGUCUACACAAUACCACGGGACCAUCGUCGGAAAAAGGCCGCUUGCCAGUUGUUGACGAGGAUCUCGUCGAUGCGGAGCUGCAGUACUCGCAGACUAAAAUCCUCAAAGCUCCUGAAAACCGCAGUCCAUGGUCGUACGCGCGCGGAGUACUCCAUGCGGCCGGCCGACCACUGUCAGAGUGGAAGGAUUUCGCACGGAGAUUCGUGGUCGAAAAGCAGGAGAAUGGUCAGGUGGUGGAUGUUGCGGUCAAAAGUAGCCAUGCAGUGGAGUGGUUGGCAGACGUCUACGCGGAGGAAGGCGAAAGCGCAUCGUCUGAGGAAGGAGGUGCAGCCGAGGCGGUCAAGAUGCUUACUCUUCUCAAGGAGAAGUACGACCCUAUUCGGAGGAACUACUGGGAGUAUCGGAUCCGGCAGAUCACGGCGCCUUCGACACAUGGUACGGAGAUAUCUGCCUCUGCUUGA